GGGCUCGGCUCGGCUCCUCGCUGGCAGGACUCGGGCAGGCUCGACUCUAAUCGGCUCUAGCCUCCAAUCGCCUCGGAAAGGUUCGGGUCCCUCCCCCCGCCAGGCUCGGAUUGCUGUUCGGGCGAGACUGGCGAGGACACGGAGGAGUUCGACUCCCCUCGGGUGCCCGGAUCGGUCCGCAUUCGGAUCACGCGGGAGGGGCAGGGGAUUCAGUCGAACUCAGCUCCUUCGCCUGCAGCGGCAUUCGGGCGAGCUCGGAGGGAUUCGGUCAGGCUCGGAGCCGACACGGUACAGUUCGACUGCUCGCUCUCGGCAGUGCUCGGCUAUUUUCGGAAGGACUCGGGAUCGCUCGGGGAAACUCGGAGCAUUGUGGGGUAGCGCCGCGCCCCGCCCGGGGAUCUGAGAAUCGGGCUCGUGUGAGAUCGGAGAGGCUCGGGCCGGGCUCGGCUCCCGGCUACCGCCGCCUCGGGCGGGCUCGGAUGGAGGACUCGGACUCGGCGGUGAAGCAGCUGGGCUUGGCCGAGGCGGCGGCAGUAGCUGCGGCGGCGGUGGCCGCAGCAGUGGCCGCGGAAGGAUCCGAGCACCAGCGGGCGGAGGCGGCGGGCUUGGAGGCGGAGCCCGAGGAGGAGGAGGCAGCGGCGCAGGUGACGGCGGUGACCGUGAUGGCGGCGGAUGCCGAACACAUCGAGAUGGGAGCCGAGUCCCUGCCGAGCGCGGACGAGGCUGCCGCCGCCUUCGCAGAAGUGACAACAGUAACGGUAGCCAAUGUGGGUGCCUCUGCAGACAAUGUCUUUACCACAUCGGUGGCAAAUGCUGCAUCUAUAUCUGGACAUGUGCUGUCUGGCAGAACAGCUCUUCAAAUUGGGGACAGCUUGAAUACAGAAAAAGCCACUCUGAUAGUGGUUCACACAGAUGGCAGCAUUGUAGAAACCACCGGGCUGAAGGGACCCUCUGCACCUCUCACACCAGGUUCUCAGUCUCCUCCCACUCCCUUAACACCUGGCCAAGAAAAAAAUGGCACAAAGUAUAACUGGGACCCAUCAGUGUAUGACAGUGAACUCCCUGUGCGAUGCCGGAAUAUCAGCGGAAUCCUGUAUAAAAACAGGCUUGGUUCAGGAGGCCGGGGCCGAUGUAUUAAGCAAGGGGAGAACUGGUACAGCCCCACUGAGUUUGAAGCCAUGGCAGGAAGAGCCAGCAGCAAAGAUUGGAAAAGAAGCAUCCGCUAUGCAGGGAGGCCACUGCAGUGCCUUAUUCAUGAUGGGAUUUUAAAUCCUCAUGCUGCCUCAUGCACUUGUGCUGCCUGCUGUGAUGACAUGACCUUGAGUGGCCCGGUACGAUUGUUUGUCCCUUAUAAAAGGCGAAAAAAGGAAAACGAGUUGCCGACAACUCCAGUGAAAAAGGACUCUCCCAAAAACAUCACCCUGCUUCCUGCUACUGCUGCUACCACUUUCACCGUGACUCCUUCAGGACAGAUCACUACUUCUGGUGCUCUGACCUUCGACCGUUCAUCAACUGUGGAGGCCACAGCUAUCAUCUCAGAAAGUCCAUCCCAGGGUGAUGUAUUCGCUGGCGCCACUGUUCAAGAUACUACUGUCCAGCAACCUUGCCGUGUCAGCCAUCCAGAACCUCACUAUCCAAGUUAUCAGGACAAUUGUCAGAUUUCACCUUUUCCAGAAGCUGCACUGCCAACUUCCCAUCCCAAAAUAGUGUUGACGUCCCUUCCUGCCCUGGCUGUGCCACCCACUACCCCCACCAAAGCCAUAUCCCCCUCAGUAGUGAAUGGACUAGAGAUGACCGAGCAACGGAGCUGGCUAUACCUGGAGGAGAUGGUCAACUCCUUACUGAACACAGCCCAGCAACUGAAGACCCUGAUUGAACAGGCUAAACAGGCCAGCUCCUCCUUCCGGGAGGCUGCUGUUACUCAAGCGAAAAUCCAAGCCGACGUGGAGAGGAAAGAGCAAUAUCAAAACCAAUUAUUUCAACAAACGGAAGAUGUCGAUGGUAAAACAGAAAUCAUCAUCAAGCAGUCCUGUGUAAACUGUGGUCGGGAGGCAAUGAAUGAGUGCACCGGAUGCCAUAAAGUCAAUUACUGCUCAACUUUCUGCCAGCGGAAGGCAGCCUGCCUGCAUGUUCCAGUGCUGAGCUGUGGUGGUUGUGACGUCACCAGCAGAGAGCAUGCUGGGGCAGUGUACCAAGCAGACCCUGCCAAUCAGAGAGAAGCCGCAGUGGAGGAUUGGAAGGAUCACCAGCACAUGUGCGGUCAGUCAGCCACAGUCACAGUGCAAGCGGAUGAGGUGCACGUCACAGACAGUGUCAUGGAGAAAGUCGCAGUCUGAAAAAUCUACUUCUCUAAGGUCCCAGAAAAGAACAGGGGAAGGUGCUUGGCUGGAUCAGCAAACUGGAUGGGAGCUCAUAUUGUUGGGUGUCUGGAAACUGAACUCUUCGGUGAGCUUGAGCACUGUGACAUCAUUUGCAUUUUGGAGGCCUACACAAAAUCUUAGCAAAGGAGACACUAAAGAUACGUGAUCUGGGAAAAAUAACUAGAGUUCAGGAGACCACGCUCACUUUAAGGAAUUUUGGACUGUAAAGUUAAACUUGCAAGACUUUGAAACCCCUCCGUUGCAGAUUACAAUGGUAGAGCCAUUUCUCUUGAGGGUCAUCUACAGUGGUUGGAGUGAAAGUUACGAUGUGCCAGUGUUCCAUUUCACCCCAUGCUACCCUACCUCUCAUUUGAAAAAACAGAUCUUCCUUCAUUUGUUUAAUUUAAUUGUCUUUAAAAACGUACAUCAUAAACUAUAUUCUGUCAUUAGAAGCCCUUUUUCUGACUCAUUUUUUCCUUCAGGGCAAAGUUUUACAUAUUGGAAAUUCUGCAUGUGUAAACAGAAGAUGUCAUAUUGUUAAACAAAAUACAGUGAAAUCAUGAAAGUGCAUAUCUGUAACAUUCCUUUUACACUAAGUGUAUUUUCCAGAGCACCGUUAGACAGCGUGGACCUAUUUUGCUCAGCCCAGUAAGGUGAAGCUUCAUGACACUGGUGUUUCUCAGCUGCCUUUUUGUGGCAGCUGUCUUGCCAAAAUCAGAUCUAAGAAAAUGGUUUCUUUCCUGGCAUUAGUUUACUGACAUCGGGACUUCACUGCAGCUAUUAAAACAAAAUGCUGAAUGGCUGAGUGAGAUAAGUCUCUACAAAAGUGGCUAAUUCAACUAAAUCCCUUUUAGUGACUUAGACUAGCCUGGCUAAGUGUCCUAGACUCCCUUUUAAGAGUAAUACACUAGGCUAAGGCUUGCCACCACCCGUGAAAAAUCUUCCUCAGUGCUUUCUUUGAUCCAGACCUGGAACCUUCUACUGAUGUGCCUUAGCCAUUGUUUCCGUUCAUUGAACAUUAAUUAGUGUCACUCAUCAUAGGGCUGAUGUCCUGGCUUAAAAUUUAAGCACAGUCCCAGUCAGUCGAGUGACACAUGGGCAGAAGUGAGGGGACUGUUCGGUUAAAUUCCAUGACCUGUUAUGCAGGAGGUCAGACUAGAUUAUCAUAAUGGUCCUUUCUGGCCUUAGAAUCUCUAAACCCUAAAGUUAUUAUAAUAGUAAAGCAGUAUUUAUUUUAA